CAAUCACCACUCGCCUGUCUAUCUGUCCAUCUGUCCGUGGAGACUGAAAGAGAGGAGAGGAGCCACCAUCCCAACACCGCUGCUGCAGCUUUUUCACCUCGAUAUAGGUAACAUGGAUGCAGCAGAGUUUCGACGCAGGGGAAAGGAGAUGGUGGACUAUGUGGCCGACUACCUGGAGAACAUAGAGAAGCGGCAGGUCUACCCAGAUGUGGAACCGGGCUACCUUCGCUCCAUGAUCCCCACCGAGGCCCCGCUGGAGCCAGAGCUGUAUGAGGAUGUAAUCAAAGAUGUAGAGAGGGUCAUCAUGCCUGGGGUCACCCACUGGCACAGUCCCUACUUCUAUGCCUACUUUCCAGCAGCUACCUCUUUCCCCGCCAUGUUGGCUGACAUGCUGUGUGGAGCCAUUGGCUGCAUUGGGUUCUCCUGGGCUGCCAGCCCAGCCUGCACAGAGCUGGAGACGGUGAUGCUGGACUGGCUGGGGAAGAUGCUCCAGCUCCCAGAGGAUUUCAUCGCUGGAACUCAUGGACAUGGAGGAGGCGUCAUCCAGGGCACAGCCAGUGAAGCAACCCUGGUGGCUUUGCUCGCUGCUCGAUGCAAAGCAGUCCGGCUGGCCCAGGCCUCUGACCCCGCGCGCACAGAGGCCGAAAUCUUCUCCAAACUGGUGGCCUACACCUCCGACCAAGCCCAUUCCUCUGUGGAGCGAGCUGGUCUGAUAGGAGGGGUCAGGAUGAGGAAGGUUCCCACAGACAGCAAGUACGCCGUCAAAGGAGAGACCCUGAAGAACAUGGUGGAGGAGGACAAGAAAGCUGGACUCAUCCCUUUCUUUUUCUGUGCAACUCUUGGUACCACUCCAUCAUGUGCUUUCGAUCACAUCACGGAGCUGGGGCCUAUAUGUAAUGCAAAUAAAAUAUGGAUGCACAUUGAUGCGGCUUACGCUGGGAGUGCAUUUAUCUGUCCUGAAUUCAGACCUUUACUUAAUGGUGUUGAGUUCGCAGACUCUUUCAACUUCAACCCACACAAAUGGCUUUUAGUCAACUUUGACUGCUCUACCUUGUGGGUAAAGAAAAGAUCAGACAUUAUCGGAGCCUUCAAGAUGGACCCCCUCUAUCUUAAACAUGAAAACCAAGAGUCAGGGCUGGUCACAGAUUACAGGCACUGGCAGAUUCCACUGGGCAGAAGGUUUCGCUCCCUAAAAAUGUGGUUUGUCUUUCGUUUGUACGGGCUCACAGGCCUGCAGGCUCAUAUCCGCAAGCAAGUCGGCUUGGCCAAAGAGUUUGAGAGUCUGGUAAAAGCAGACAAGCGAUUUGAGAUCUGCGCUGAUGUCAUCAUGGGCCUGGUCUGCUUCAGGCUUCAGGGCUCCAAUGAGCUGAACAAGGCCUUACUGAAAAAGAUCAAUGAUGCCAAGCAGAUCCAUCUGGUGCCUUGCCAGCUGUCCGGCAGCUUCGUCCUGCGCUUUGCCAUCUGUGCACGCACUACUGAGUCACGUCACGUCCAAGAAGCGUGGCAGCAUAUCACACAGCUGACUUUUGAGCUGCUGCAAGAGCCCUGUCAUUGAACAGUGGGUUGGGAGAGAUAGUGCCUCCAUGACCAGGUGCAAGACGAGGAGUUGACUCGCUGAUCAAUGUCCAGAGGGAAGGUGCGUCUACUCUGAUGACUAACUUAGGACCAAAAUUAGCAGAGGGAUUAUGCAGUUACAGUUGCAGGUAUGAAAUGACAUAAAAUGAGUGAAA